CCCCUCCCCCGCCGAUUCUCCCCGGGAGCGGCCGUCUGUCGCCGGGCGCGUGAUGCCAGACGCAGCCAUGAAGAAGAAGGUUCUCCUGAUGGGCAAGAGUGGCUCCGGCAAAACCAGCAUGAGGUCCAUCAUCUUCGCCAACUACAUCGCCCGCGACACCCGCCGACUGGGCGCCACAAUCGAUGUGGAGCACUCACACGUCCGCUUCCUGGGCAAUCUGGUACUCAACCUCUGGGACUGCGGCGGCCAGGACACCUUCAUGGAGAACUACUUCACCAGCCAGAGGGACAACAUCUUCCGCAACGUCGAGGUCCUGAUUUACGUCUUCGACGUCGAGAGUCGGGAGCUCGAGAAGGACAUGCACUACUACCAGUCGUGCCUGGAGGCCAUCUUGCAGAACUCGCCCGAUGCCAAAGUCUUCUGCCUGGUCCACAAGAUGGACUUGGUCCAGGAGGAUCAGCGUGAGCUGAUUUUCAAGGAGAGGGAGGACGACUUGAAACGGCUCUCGCGCCCGCUGGAGUGCGCCUGCUUCCGGACUUCCAUCUGGGAUGAAACUCUCUACAAGGCGUGGUCCAGCAUAGUCUACCAGCUGAUCCCCAACGUUCAGCAACUGGAGACCAACCUGAGGAAUUUUGCGCAGAUCAUUGAAGCUGACGAGGUCCUUCUUUUCGAGCGGGCGACUUUCCUGGUGAUUUCCCACUAUCAGUGCAAAGAGCAGCGCGACAUCCAUCGAUUCGAGAAAAUCAGCAAUAUCAUCAAACAAUUCAAACUGAGCUGCAGCAAACUGGCCGCCUCCUUCCAGAGCAUGGAAGUGCGCAAUUCAAAUUUCGCCGCCUUCAUCGACAUCUUCACCUCCAACACCUACGUGAUGGUCAUCAUGUCCGACCCUUCCAUACCUUCCGCCGCCACCCUGAUCAACAUCCGCAAUGCUCGCAAGCACUUUGAGAAGCUGGAGAGGGUGGAUGGGCCCAAGCACAGCCUCCUCAUGCGCUGAGUGCCACCGCGCCAAGCAACCUCUGGGUCUAUAACUCUGGAAAUGGCAAUUAAAUUUGGAACAUUAUGAGAUAAUAAAUGCACAUCCUGUACGUCUAAUAAAUGCA